AUGAGUGUUUAACAAGGUAUAAUCUCUCCAGUUAAUGCCACAGCUCAAUAUUUUGUGUAAAAUUUGAACCUAUUCAAGCUUCCUAAUAAAAUGUACCUCGCUGAAUUAUACACCUCUUAAGAUAUUGUCAAAUCAUCAGACGACAAAGAGAGAAAGGCCACCUCUGCAGUUUACUGCUUAUAUGAAAGUGGUGUAUUUGUUGGUUUUCAUACUAUGUAAGCUGAUGAAAUUUUAGUUCUCAAUUAUGGAUGCUCUCUUGAAAUCAUUAUUAUUAACGAAGAUGGAUCUCUCACCAAAGAAGUAUUAGGAUAUGAUUUGGAAAAAGGAGAAAAACCUUAAUUGACUGUUGCCAAAAACACACUCUUCACUGUUGUUAAUUCUCAUUAAAAUCCUAACGCUUUUUCAUUGGUUACAGCUUUUAAUAUUCCAGCAUAUGACGAAUCUUAUGUUACUUUCCCCAAGAAAUAAGAAUUAAUUGAGAAAUAUCCUUAACAUAAAGAACUUAUUGAAAAAUAUGCUGAAUAAUGA